AUGGUAAUAUUCCAACCACCACAGGCUGCUGUUGGAUGGACUAAUCCGGCAACCGGGAAAGUUACUUACGAAUGUGGCGGAUCUCUGAUUUCAUCCCGUUAUGUCGUCACAGCUGCACAUUGUGGUUUCGAUGAUAAGGGCAUACUACCGGAUACCAUUCGACUGGGAGACACCGAUCUCGGUACGACGGAUGACGACUUUUUCGCACAGAAUCUUAAAGUGCGCAAAUUCAUCCCACAUCCGAACUAUAAGCGAACACAGAAAUAUUACGACAUCGCCUUGAUCGAGUUGGAACAGGAAGCUCGAUUGGAUGCGGCAGUAUGUCCGAUUUGUUUGUGGGCUAAUGCUGGUCUUCAGCAGUUUUCUGGAGGAUUGCAGGUUGCUGGCUAUGGCGUGACAGAUUAUGCCGGCGAUCAUAGUUCAACCCUACAGAAGGCAACGCUGGACUAUUACGAAUUCGAUUCGUGUAACAAACAACUACCCCGACCCCGAUCGCUUUUCAAAGGCCUUACAUCGGAUCAGUUUUGUGCGAAAACUCCAAUGAAGGAUACCUGCCAGGGAGACUCCGGUGGACCGAUUCAAGUUGAGCUGUCCGACAUCAACAAGGCCAUCCCAUUUUUGGUUGGCGUUACGUCGUUUGGGACUGGUUGUUGGGAUGGGUCCUUUGGAAUCUACACCAAGGUUUCGAGCUAUGUCGAUUGGAUUCGAUCGAUUGUGAAUGUGACCGUUGAUCCAAUAGCAUGCGCCCGUCAAUCGGAAUGCCUAUCUUCCAGAAAAUUCUCCGAUAGUCGAAUAACGCCACAAAACAACUCUCCAUUCUUUCGGGUUGAACUAGCACGUGACGGCAAAAACUUAAAUCAAUGCAGUGGAGCCCUGAUCGACUACCGUCACGUGGUAACUUCCGCAAGCUGCACCAGCUGGAACAACCUACAACCCACUCAAGUCCUGGCCAACGAACAAUCGAUUGACAUCACGGACAUCACACGACAUCCGCUGUUUGUCCCCGGAAGACAUUACAAUGACAUCGCCGUACUACGUUUGGAUAAAUUCUACAAUCCUCACAAGAUCUACCAAAUCGUUGCACCGGCUUGCAUUUGGAACAAGGGCAAAAUACCAGAACCGAUCGUGUUCUACUCCGGGUACGGACCGGAUUCAUCCGGAUCGUCGUCAUCUCAAGAGACGUACGUUUCAUUGAAGAUUCUCACGGCGUUUUUCCUGGACAAUGGACGUUGUAACAGUAACUACAGCUCCCAGUUUGCCCAGCAGUUACCCGGCGGGUUCAAUGGAGACUUUGUUUGCGCAGAAAAUCCAGUUGAUUUGGUGCCGGGGAUUUGUAAGCUAGAACCCGGUGGCCCGAUUUCGAACUUUCGCCGGGAUAACGUCGUGCCAUACGUCUACGGAGUUAACACUCUUGGUGCAGAGUGUGGUGGAGCUGGAAAUCUAUUUGUGGCCACUAGGAUAUCUUCUUAUUACAAUUGGAUCGAAUCCAUCGUGCUAAACAGAACGGAGAAGGUUGUGGAUAGUCGGUUUGAAUCCGAUGAUCAUGAAAACGAUAUUCAUUCUCACCCUGUGGUAAACCGUGGAGAUUUCCCAAGUGAAAGUCAUUUUGGUAGCUUAACUCAUAUUCUACCCGGUUUAAUAGCAACCGAUCACCGAUUGAAACCCUAUGGCAGUCAGUUCACGCCACUGGCUACUGCUUCAAUCUAUCCAAAUCAGUACGGAGAGCUCGACGGCUCACCUGCAAAGCUGACAAUUUACGGCGCUCAGUUGGAUACACUGCCUUCGGCUUCGGACGAAAUUCUUCAAACGCUACGUUCUAUUCCUGUCCAUCAUAGCUUCCCUUCGUCAAACAGCAUCGAAAUCAUCAAAUCAAUUGAACACCCGGUCCGUGAACCGAUUCGUGAGUUCACUAUCCGCCAGCAGCCGAAUCAUUACCCAUUCUUACAAAGACAAUUUUCAACUCCGGAGUCGACACUUCGAUUUAGAUCAACAAUUCCACAAACGUAUUUACCACCGACAACCAACAGCAUCUACUAUCAACGCACACCUGCGGUAUCUCGGAGAUUGGUGGCCAAUACAUUUGUACCGGCGCCUAAAGCCACUAGCUCUGUAGCUUCAGAAUCGUUCAGCAUAGUGAAAUCAGUCGAACUCUAUCAAGACGGACAUUGUACCCUGAGUUCUGGCCGUUCAGGAAGGUGCGUGCACUACAGUGCCUGCAGCGUACGAGCAUCGUCAUAUUGCAAUACUUAUCUUCUGACGGUUUGCUGCCCCUUGUGAGCUAGACUGAGAAAUUUUUACCUAUGAGUUUGUAUAUUGCUGUAUUUAUUUUGAAAUAUAU